GACUUGCAGAGCGGCUCCCGCCCUGCCGCGCGCCGCGGCGCCUGCACCCCCCCUCUCCCCAAUUCAACGGCGCCUGUGUGUCAGUUGUUGGCCGGUAAUGGCGGCGUCCGGCUGAGGGAGCCUUUGGGGCCUCUUUGCUCCGGCUUGUCCUGCCCAGGCCUGCGGGAUGAGCCGACGACCUCCGCCGCUGCCGCCGGGAAGGAGAAGGAAAGAAGGGAGGCGGCGAUAGGGCAGGUGAAGUGACAAGAUGUGGAGCAACAAACCUAUUGAGGUGCCUUUACAAAAUCCAAGGUCCUCUCAGAAUCAGGAUUCUAUUGGAGACUUAACCACAGCAGGGGAUGCUUUUUCACAAACCAAGGCAACACUGCAACAUAUUGCAAACAAAUUGGAAGUAACACCUACCAGCACAGCUGUAUUGGAGUCUGUCAUGGAUAGCAGGAAGCCAUCUGUCAGUACUACCAGAAAAAUAAGUAGGAAAGGCUACAGGAUUUCCAGUCAAAAGAAGUCCUCACGUAGUCCUCUUCGUGCUACCACAUUGGAUAGCAAUGUGAAAAAAUGUGCACAUGUUGAAUUCCGUGAGCCCCUGGCUUCUUUCAGACAUACUCAGUGGGGCCCAUCUUAUGAAACCUCUUGCCAACUGGAAGCUAGGUAUCUGAAGCAUAAAGAAGCUGGAAAUAAGGAUGAAGGAGCGAGUUAUAUGGACUAUGAAAAAAGCGAAUCAGAUUUGCAGAGCAGAGAUUUCAGAAGCCUGUCCUCUUCAGAGGAAACUAUUGUUCGAUACUUGAAUGACCGACCAGCAAUUGAUGCCUUGCAAUCUUCAGAUGUUUUUGUAAAAUCUGUAACUCCUACAAGAUCAGAGGAGGAAAGGACUGAAGGAUCCCGAGGAGAUGACUACAUCAAAAUGUCUUUGAGUAUUACUCAGGAAACUGAACAAAAAAAUUUACCGUUGGUAGAGUCUUCAGCUUCUUCUGCCAGUACCUCUAGUGCCCACAGACUAGAUAUUUUGAAACAACAUCAGCAUGAUGCUAAACUGGAAAAGCUGAAAGAACGGAUAAGAAAGCAGUGGGACCACCCAGAAGAUAGAGGGCAUCAUUUGGAUUACACAGAUCAUCCCAUAAGUACACUAGUUUCUGAUAAUACAGUGACUCCUAAAAUCAGAAAAGUAGCAGCUGCACCUCCUGCUCCUUCGUACAAAGGUUUCAAUCCAUCUGAAGCCAAGAUUCGUACUCCUGAUGGAAAAAUAUGGCGUGAAGAGGAAUUUCUCAAUCUCAGUAGAGAGUUAUGUCGAGACUUAGAACUCCAGUUGACAGAAGAAGAUGUGGCUGUGAAAGAGACUCCUGUUGAAAAAAGCAAGGAGAGAAAAACAACCAAGCCAGUACGCAAAAUCCAGAAAGUAAAUCAACAUCAAAAUCCUGAUUCGAAACAAGGUGGUGCUAAUACAAUAAGUACAUCCUCCUGGCGGGAUGGGCAGAGACUGGCGAAGAAGAUAUUGGGUCCAGUUCCAAAAAUAGAACAGCCUCACAAGCAGCUGUCAUCUAAUGACAAAAUGGGGAAGGAUAGAUCCACGAAAUCUGCUCCCCACAUAGGAAAGACAGAAUCUGAUUUCAGUAUGGAUAUUACUGUCAAAAUGCUAUCAAAAAGUCCUGAACGAUCACGGACUAAAGCGAGAGUGGAGAAUAACCUGAAGAAAAAAGAUUCUGCUGCUCAGGAUGUUAAACUGGGAGAAGACCAUGUAAAUAAGGAUUUUUUGCCAGUAGAGAUCCGUGGGAUUCUUGACGACCUCCAACUGGAUUCUGUGUCUCAGCAGGAAAGGAAGGAAAAAAGCCAGAGUCGGAAAUUAGCACCUUCUUCAGUUACCAGGAGUCACAGCCCAACAAAAAGAAAACCUGACAAACUUUCUGCUAAUGAUGAGCCCCAAAUCACGUCUAAGAAACGACAUUAUGAUACAGAUGAGGUUCGACAGUUUAUUGUUAGACAACAGGAAGAAAGAAAAAAGAGGCAAAGUGAAGAGAAGAAAGCACAGAAAGAGGCGACAGAACAAAGGAAUAAGAAACUUCAGGAACUUUACAAGAAACAGCGAGAAGCUUUGGCUAACAAGACAAAGAGCACACCAGCUCCUGAAUUAGCCAACAAACAAUUACAAGAAACUUACUCUAAAUUGGAACAAGCCUUACUGGAGCAGCCAUUACCCUCUGUACAGGAGGGAGAGGCCAAACCUGGUUAUCAACCAUCUGGCGAAUCUGACAAAGAGAACAAGGUGCAAGAGCGUCCUCCCAGUGCAUCUUCUAGUAGCGAUAUGUCUCUUUCUGAACCUCCUUAUCCUGUUCUCAGGAAUAAAUUGUUGGAGCCUUUGUGGAUUCAACCAGAUAGGUUGAGUUCAAAAAUCCAACUUCCUUGCCCACAGUCUUCUGCUAUCUUGAAUGGAAAUCUCUUCUCUCAACACUUAUCCCUGGAUCACAGGGGUCUCUUACAAAAGGACUUUGAUACUGUCUUCUCAACUAAAAGAAGCUAUAGCACUGCCGUAGGUUCUAUACCUUCGGGAUCUCAGCCAUUUGUGCCAUCUGCUGUACAGCCAACAAUUAAUCAGUAUAAAAGCAAAUUGGACCGUAUUGAAGCCCUGAAAGCUACAGCAGCCUCUCUAUCAAAUAGGAUUGAAAAUGAAGCCAAGAAAUUAGCAGGGGCAGGUAUUAACUAUGGCGCAGUGUGGAAUUCUGAGUGUGACUUACUGCAAGGAGACCAGAGUGAUGGCUACUGGGCAAAGUCCAGCAGCCCCCCUGUAAGAGAAGAUGAUGUUUUUUCUGCCAGACUUCAGAAGAUGUUGGGUACCUGUGUCUCUCAUGCAACUUUUGAUGACAACCUUCCUGGAGUGGGAAAUCUUAGUGAAUUUAAAAAGCUUCCGGAGACCAUUAGUCCUCAUACUGCCAGUGUCAACCUCAUAGGCAAUUACCGAUCUGAAGGAAUCCUAGGAAGUCUGUCCAAGAAACAGGCAUCCUCCCCCAGUGUUGAAAGUAAAGUGGCACUUAGACAUGCUGGCAGUGUAGACUCAAUAAGUGAAGGGCCACUCAGUGAUGGCCCUCUCUCUGAGGAGGAAGGAGAAAAACAUGAACAGCCAGCAUUGAAGACAACUGAAAUACUAAAGGAAAAAGAAUUCUGUGCAGUGGAUAAAACUGGCUAUGAGCCCAUAAAAGAAUUUCAGAAAGAGGCAGAAAAGUAUUUACCUAUUUUCACACAGCUGAAGAGUGCCCAGAGACCUUGGGAGGAGCUUUCCAAAGGAAGUCCACAUAGUGUCAUCAACAUUUUUACAAAAUCUUAUCAGCUGUAUGGAAAAGGAUUUGAAGAAUGGUCAGGACAAAAGUCACCAACCCAGAGAUCUUUACUUCCCAUCAUGAGCCCUUCAGCGAGUAUUGCUUCAUACGAUGAUGACUUCAUUUCAUCACAGGGAACAGGAACAGCCACAAGCAAAAAGGCUGCUUUUGAGCCUAGUGGAAGCAGCAGCCCCAGCCUGAAAGAAGAGCUGACCAGCAGGAAGUCACCGUACGAGGUGCAAGCUAUACAGUUUGCUCACCAUUCCUCAGGACCACCAUCUACUGGUUCUUCCCAUUCCUCUGCAUCUUCUAAAAAAAGAGGGAAAACGGGAAAACUGGAUUCUUUGACUGGAGUUCCAAAUAUCCCUUUGUGGGAGGAAAGCAAAGAAUCUCCAAGAUCAGAUUAUGGACUGCACCAGGCACUGAACUCAUUACCUGAUAAUGGAAUAUCUAAUAGAGAACCAGAGCAGAAUCUAGAUUCUGACAGCACUUUAGAGGAACUGUCUGGCCACUCCUUGAUGAGUCUCCCAGAUAAAGUAAGGUCCCCAAGGACGUCGAGCUCACCUCAGUCUCCUCGUAUACAGAAACAAUCUCAUAUGGUAGUAAAUACAUCAGAAAAAAACAGAUUAUCAAAUUCUUCAGUGACGGUAGCUUCUGAACCUCAACCAAAUGCCGCCUUCUCUGAUUUGAAUUUUGGAACCAACAAGGCUGGAGCUGGGAUCAUAAGUGGUUCCAUGCGCUUCUCACCUUCUGGUCUUCAUCAUCGUAUGUCAGCAGAACUUAAUUAUUUAAGUGCCAUUGAAGAGUCUGUACGCCAGAUUUCUGAAGUAGAACGUGUGCGAGGAAUAUCACUUGCACAGCAGGAAAGUGUUUCUUUGGCUCAAAUCCUAAAGGCACAGCAGCAACGACAUGAACGGGACAUGGCUCUUCUGAAGCUCAAGACGGAGCAGGAGGCUUUGGAAACUCAGAGGCAGAUGGAAGAGGCAAGGCAGAAAGCAGCUCAGGCCCAUGCAAAAUCUUUGCAGCAAUUGGUGCAGUCACGACAGGAGGCAGCAGAAGCUCUACAGGAAACAACAUCCAAAAUUGCAGCCCAGCAGGUGGAGGCUGCUCUGAUCACUACAGAUGUUGCUCGCCAGUUACAUGAGAUGACAGAGGUUGCACGUGCCCAGAUGUCUGAUGCUGCUGGUGCUUCUGCAGCUCUGGUUACCACACGAUUUGACCAAGGAAGAAAGCACCUUAUAAAGGAGUUUAAAUCUCACAAAAUGAGCAGGAAAUUGGAAUCAAAUACUGCUACACAAAGUAAAGGGGAACUAGGAGACUCAAAGCACCAUUACUCCCACUCAUUUGAUAGUUACUCUGAAUCAUCAAGAUCAAAGAUACAUGAUCAGAGCAGUAGUAGCAGCAGUAGUCGUCAAGAAAGUCCAUCUGUUCCCUCUUCUAAGCAAGCGAAGAAGCUUUCCCAUCAUGAAAAGCGUAGCAGCUCUGUUGAAGAGGAGGCUCCUACAGCUGUGAAUGAUUCCCUACAGAGUAAUGAUAUUCCAUGCAAUCUUGAUGAAAGAGAUUCUACUUCUAUUGCAACAGAAUACUCCCUCAAAUUUGAUGAAUCUAUGACAGAGGAUGAGAUUGAGGAAAAAUCCUUCCGGUCUUUACUGCCAUCUGAGAGUCAUCGUCGGAUCAAUAUGAAAAAACGAGUUCACCAUGAUUAUUCUGAUGAGGAAGCUUCUCCUGGAAAGGCCACAUUGUCACCUGCUAAAGAGCUAAGUCUGCCAUUUUCAGGAGGACAAGACAGCUUUUCCAAAUUUACAAUGGAAAUGGUACGGCAGUACAUGAAAGAAGAAGAAAUGCGAGCAGCUCACCAGUCCUCAUUGCUCCGUCUGCGUGAGAAAGCAUUGAAAGAGAAGACAAAGGCUGAGUUAGCUUGGUUAGAACACCAGAAAAAGCAUUUACGAGACAAAGGAGAAGAUGAUAAAAUGCCACCUAUUAGAAAGAAACAGCGUGGCUUACUUUUGAAGCUGCAGCAGGAGAAGGCUGAAAUCAAGCGUCUUCAGGAGGCCAAUAAGGCGGCUCGGAAAGAGAGGCAACUGAUCCUUAAGCAACAGGAAGAGAUAGAACGAAUACGCCAAACCACUAUGAAAUUGCAGGAAAAACUGAAGUCUGCAGGGGAAAAUAAAAUGGAGUAUCGCAGUGAGGAUGAUGUAAAACAAACCCAGUCUUCAACCCCACUGCCAACAGAUGCAGAGACAGGUAGUCCUUCUUCCAUCUCCAGCUGUGAGACAAGUAGCAUCAUGCAGAAAUUGAAGAAAAUGCGUAGCCGGAUGGAUGAGAAGUUCUUAACGAAGAGAGAACAAAAACUAAUGCACCGUCGACAGUACGCUGAAGAACUGCUGCAAUGGAAGCGUCGUUUAGAUAAAGAAGAAGCAGAGAUACGUCAAAUAGAGAAGCAGGCAUUGGCUGCCUGGGACAAAGACCUGCUCAAAGCCAAAGCAAACAAAAAGGGUGCUGGAGACCAGAAAUCUGAUCAGAAAGAAACAGCCAGUGAAGAAGAUUCUUCAGUCCCACCUUGUUCUCGCCUGAAUAGUGAAAGUUCUGUGCCAGAAGAAUUGGGCAGCCUACCUGCUGAAUCUAGGCCAACAACAGUCCAUGAGGAUCAAGAGCAAUUUGGAAGCCUCGAUCAUACACUUACUGAGGAAAUGGCUUACACACAAGAAUUAGCAUCCUCUGCUUCUCCUGGAAAACAUUCUCCUUCCAAGAGUAGUGUGUCCCACUCAAAGCAAAUUCAUAGCAAAGGAAGCCACAAAACAGGUGGACAACCUCAUUCAUCUACAAAAUCUCAAGAUGUUUCCUACAGUUGGUCUGAUGAGUCUUUGUCCAUGACCCAGUCAGAAACUACAUCUGAUCAAAGUGAUGUGGAAAGCCGAAUCCGAGCCCUGAAGGAUGAGCUACGGAAGAGAAAGUCUGUUGUUUACCAACUGAGGAAGGAACAAAAGAAGAGGCAUAAGGAGAGACUGAAAGCCCAGGAGGCCAGUUUGAUCAAACAAUUAGAAACUUAUGAUGAAUUCAUCAAAAAGACUGAAGCAGAACUGAAUGGGGAUCUGGAAGCAACACCGACAGCUAAACCUCAAAUCAAGACACUGUCUUCAACUAGUGAGAAGCCAAAGAUCAAACCGCCUCCACUCCAUAGAUCUGAGACAUCAAAAAGUUGGAAAUCAAUAACUGAUUCUGAACGUUCUAGAGGAUCCUUGGAGUCCAUUGCAGAGCAUGUUGAUGUUCUUUCUCGUUCUGAGAAAUGUGUGUCUCCAUACACCAAAAAAUUUCUUGAGGCAGAGAUUCGGUCAGAAGAGCAAUCCCGAAUUUCAUCCCCACUCCUCAAGAUUACAAGAAGAUCUAGAGCAGAAUCUGGUGAUUCCUUAGACAGUUCGGCUUCAUCAGUUCUUCUCAAAGACAUAAACAAAACAUCCCCUGUCUCCCCAAAUAAGCUUGAAGAUGCAACAAAUUAUGAGUCUUUUAUUUCCAGUAACAAAUCUCUAAUAGAAGAGGGUGUGAAAUCCAUAAAAUCACAAAUAUCUGAAGUAGUUGAUAAGGCUUCUGAAAGAUCUGAUGCCUCUUCUUUCAAUAUAGAAGAAAAGGAUUUACCUGGAAGUUCUCCAAACACAUAUGGGAGUCCUGAGGCUCAAUCUUUAGAAAGGAAGCAAUUUGGCUUUCCUUCAGUGGAUAUCUCUGAAAGAAAGAAGAUGCCAGAGGAGAGGUCCAUGGAUGAUGAAAAUACUGUGUCAGUCAAGAAUAGAAUGAGCAAGGGGUUGUUGCAUGAAGACUCCUUGGCUUCAGAAAAGAUUUCUAUUUGCAAAGAAGCGUCAUAUACUAAUGAUUUUGAAGGGUCUUCCUCAAAAAAAGAAAUAUCAAAAGACGGAAUACUUCUUACUCAGUAUUGCAAGGGGGAUCUUGAUACAUUGUCUGAUGGAAAAGAUAAAUCCUGGCAUACAAAACCGCCCGGGAGUAGGUCUGCUAGUAUUGGAAGUGAUGAUGAAAUAAGUGAAUGUCUUAGUGACAAAUCUUUGUCAGUUACAGGCAGUAUUCAUUUAGAGAGAUUUUUAGAACUGAAAUCACCAACAGAACUUCUGAAGAGUAAGGAGUGCAGUGAGGUUGAGAGAGAACCUGUUCCUGCCGAUUCAUCUCUGUGGGCUCCCAGUUCCAAGGCAGAAGAUGAUGAAGAAGAAGCUUUGCUAGAUUUUCAUAUUGGUGACAGAGUUCUUGUGAGUAAUGUCCAGCCGGGGACACUAAGAUUCAAGGGCUUUACAAGUUUUGCUAAAGGUUUUUGGGCUGGUGUCGAGUUAGACAAGCCAGAAGGAAACAACAAUGGGACUUAUAACGGUAUUAAGUAUUUUGAUUGUAAAGAAAAGCAUGGCAUUUUUGCUCCUCCACAAAAAGUAUUUCAUAUUUCAGAAAGUUUUGAUACUUGCUUGGAUUCAAAUGAAGACAUCUGUAAACAUACAUUAGAAAAUCAUGAUGAAGCAAAUAAGAACGACAGAGAAAGCCCGGAAGAAAAGGAAUGUGAUAUAAGUACGGCUCGUGAGAAUAAAUUUCUGGGUGAUUUAGAGGACUUCAUUGCAGCGGGAGACAAUACAAAACUGAUUUCACAGAGAAAUAUUGUUUUAGACAUUAUUGCUGCUGAAGACCUUGAUAAAGAAACAAGUAUUGUUGAUUCCCUAAAAUCCUCUGAAAAUGAAAAUGACGAUGAUAUUUUAUCUUCUUCAGUUUCUAAUGCCCGUAGAGAGGCUUCUGCAGUUGCUGCAGAAGAGACAUCAGAAAGCUUCUUCCCUGAGAAAUGGAAGCAGCAGCCUUCUUGGCAGGAAUAUACUGAGAAGUCAGAUUGCCUUUCUCCUGGAGUUUUGGAGAAGUCUGCAACUCCACUUCUGGAUUUGUUGACAAAAGAACGAAGCCAGUUAGAAGCCCAACUUAAAGUCCCAUCAGAAGAGGAAGAAGAACUUGUUGAUCAACAGGAAAAAGUUGGGUUGCUGGCUGACAGUCUGCUGCAAGCUUUCGUGAAAGACACAGUCAGUCAGUUGCAAGAAAUCAAGAAGGUCAGGAAUGAAAAAAUUCUAUCUAGCAAUAGAGAACUUUGUGCCGUUCAAGAAAAAACAUUUACAACUAAGGACCUGCAGAGCCUUUUAAUCGGUUCUGAUCUGGACGAUGAAGGAGAAGAAGUUUCCUCUCCAGAUAUGUGUCCUAGGCCUGAAAGCCCAGUGUUUGGUGCCAGUGGUCAAGAAGAGCUUGCCAAGAGGCUGGCAGAAUUGGAGCUUAGCCGGGAGUUCUUGAGUGUAUUAGGAGAUGACCAAGAUUGGUUUGAUGAGGAUUUUGGCUUGAGUUCUCGCAAGUUGCCUCAGAAACAAGCUGAAGAAUCAGCAGUUUUGCCUAAGCUUGAGCCCCCCAAAGUGCUAUCCAAGCCAUGUGAAGAGCCCUUGGCUGUCCCACACACUGCAGGGGAAGUGGAAGACUUGGUGCAUGUGGCUGCUGAGCAACUGUGGAAGUGUAAAGAGAUGGGACAUGAUCUUCAAACUACCAGUCUUCCCAGGGACAUAAAUGAUUCUUCCAGGGAUGAUGACAUCGAAGCUGUUAGCAAACAGAUCUACAAACAGGCUGUUUUUGAUCUGACAAGAGAGAUCUUUGGAGAGAUCUUUGCAGAAGAUCCAAAUUUGAAUCAACCUAUUUGGAUGAAACCAUGUAGGAUUACUUCUGGUUACUUCCGUCGAGUAAAAGAUCCGAAUGACCUUGAAGAGAUAAAGACUUUUAUAGCAAAUGAAGUGCUAAAGCUCUUAAAUCUGAGAAAGGAGCCAAACAAUAAAACAGACUGGCAGAAAAUGAUGAAAUUUGGACGCAAAAAACGAGACAGAGUGGAUCAUCUACUGGUGCAAGAAUUACACGAAGAAGAAGCUCAGUGGGUGAACUAUGAUGAAGAUGAGCUAUAUGUGAAGAUGCAACUGGCAGAUGGAAUAUUUGAGGCCUUAAUUAGAGAGACCAUUGAAGUCCUUAACCAGAUCAAUGAAAAACAGAAGAAGCUGCUGCUUGUGUGACAUCAAAGCUAUAGUUUUAUUAUAGCAAUCUGUUAUUUGAAUGAAGUGGGGUGGAAAUUGUACAGCCGUGAAGGUGCUGUUGAACUGAAAUACCCAACAAUGUCAGCUAGCAUCAUUAAUGGUGAAGAGAGCUGGGUGUUGCUACUCAACAACACCUGCAGGGCCACAAUAUUCUUACUCCUGGAGUUUAGUGUCAUUUUCACAUAGGCUGAGACGUGACAGAACAUGGUAUCACACAUCCCUUCCCAUGCUGCCUUUGAAGAGUUUACACUGGAUUUUUUCCAAACAGAUUUUUUUCCAUUAGAUCUUUUCUCCUUACUCUUUUCCCCCCCAAUAUACAUGACAAUUGAGUAUAACAGCUGGCUUCUGACUUUUGUUGUUGUUGCGGCAGUCUUGUUAUAGGAACUGCACAUUUCAGAUACAUUUUGUAAAUUGCUUGGGUUUAAGCACUGGAUACCCAGAAUUAUAAACUGUUUUUCUUCAUUUUAAUAACUGCUGUACUAGUUUCUUUGGUAACUAUCAUUCAUUUUGUCGAAGGCUUUCAUGGCCGGAAUCACCCUAUCAUUCAUUUCUUUAAUUAUCGUAUGCAUUUAUAUUUAUGUAACAGUCCAUACAUUCAUUUGUCAACAGCCAUUGAUUUUGUUCUAUCUAACAUCCAUUUACUUCUUUCUGUUUCCUAGAUAAUGGAACUAGAUUGACGUGCGAGACACUGAGGUAGAGAUGUAUUCUUCUGAAUAUGUAUUUCUCCUCACUAAAUAUUAAUCUGGGUUGAUUUUCUUAAUUUUCCACAAUAUUCAUCAUUUCCCCAGUGAACUACCAGCUGCUUCCAAGUUUGUGGGUACUCAGGAUUCUCCCAAGCUCUUGACAUGUAAGAGUUGGGGGGAAAUGCUUGCAAAUGUCAGCCUUUGAUCCCUUUACUUCCUCCCUUGCUUACCACCCUGCAGUGAUGUAUUGGUGGAGUCAUUACUUGAACUAUGUAGGGCUGGGAGGGUAUGUAUGUACCAAAGAAAGUGAUGCCCAGUGCUUGACUCUGGACUUGUUUUGUAUGCAUGUAGAAUUUCUUUUAACUUAUUUUAUAACAUGUUACGUCAGAAAAAAAAAUUGUCUAGUGCUAUACUAAUUGCACUGCUGUAGGAUUUAAACUCCAGAUUCAACACAAGGUGUCUUUUAUCAAGACCGUAGCUGUCUUACAAAAAUAGAGAUGCAUAGUCUUUGUGCAAAAAUGCCAUCUUAAAGAGACAGGGAAUCUGCAAAGAUCCAAGUAAGCGCAUUAUGCAAUGUAGGGUUGGAAAGAGGCAUGAGGAUGCAAAAACCACCUGAAACUGUUGGGCUUAGAAGGGGAGCACCUGGAUUGGGCAUUAAAAACAUCCUUCCCCCACUCACCCCCAAUGCCCCCAAAUGUCCUACAGGACACAGUGUUCUCUUCUUCCCUCACCCGUUUCUCCAAGGGAUCACAGUUGAUCUAGGCUUGAAUGCUGAUGCCUUAAUUAAAAAUCUGGUUUACUUGAUAGGAAUCAAAAUCUCUUGGCAUGUCUCAAUGUGGAGACAGCACUUGGAAACAUAGGAGAAGGCACUCCAAAGAUGAUUAUGAUCCAAGAGGUGCAUGUGGGAAGUGCUGCGCCCUUUCCUCUUUCGUUGCAUCUAAUUCCUUGGGCUUCCAACUAAACAUACCUCUGCCAAUACAAUAUUGGUCUCUUCUUUCGAAAUCAUUUUUGUGAUUUAUUUGCCUUUUGCAGUGACACACCACCAGGGCAGCUCCUUAUAUCUAGGGCUGCACAAAGAAAGUGGUUGGCAUCCAUGCCAACAACAAGAAACCCUGCUAUGUGGCAUAGCCAGCUUCUCAGUUUUCAAUUAUGUAUGGUUAGUCUUAUUUAGAAGCACGACAAGAUCAAAAUAGCAGUUUAAAUACCCAGCAUGUCUUCAUCUUCGCGCAUCUCUGUCACUUUAAGAGUUAGGUGCCAACUCUAAAAAAAGAUCUAGUAGAAUGAGCUUUUGGGUCUCAGAAGUUAUCGGAUUUUAAACUCCCAAACAAAA